AAGUCACCAAAGCCUAAGGCAUCAAAGUAAAGCAAAAGCAACAAAGUAAAUCACCCCCUAAUUUCCUCCUCACUCUUUGCCAACUUUUAAAACACCUAACCUGCACUACUUUUAAAUAUUCUAGAUAAAUCAAGAUUGUCUUUAGGGAAUUUUCCUGAAAUAUUGGAGGUCUAAGAUUCAAGGAGUUUUGGGUACCCAAUUUCUUGAUUCUCAAAAAGCUCCAAUUUUUUCAGGGUUUAUAUGAGAUGGGAACUUUGACUGCUUCUCUAGUGGUUCCAUCUAAACUCAACCCUGAAAAGCAGAGCUCUAUUUUUAUAUGCAAAACUAGAAGAAAGUCCAACAAGAAUCAAUCCAUAGUCCCUGUGGCCAGGUUAUUUGGACCAGCUAUAUUUGAAGCUUCAAAGCUGAAGGUACUUUUCUUGGGAGUUGAUGAGAAAAAGCAUCCAGGAAAGCUGCCAAGAACAUAUACACUGACUCAUAGUGAUAUUACCUCUAAACUUACUUUGGCUAUCUCUCAAACCAUCAAUAAUUCUCAGUUGCAAGGUUGGUAUAAUAGACUUCAAAGGGAUGAAGUGGUUGCAGAGUGGAAGAAAGUUAAAGGGAAGAUGUCACUCCAUGUCCAUUGUCACAUUAGCGGAGGCCAUUUCUUGUUAGACUUGUUUGCUAGACUCAGAUACUAUAUCUUCUGCAAAGAACUCCCUGUGGUUCUGAAGGCUUUUGUUCAUGGAGAUGAGGAUUUACUAAAGAAUUAUCCAGAGUUACAAGAAGCUUUAGUUUGGGUAUAUUUUCACUCAAACAUUCAAGAAUUCAACAAAGUAGAGUGCUGGGGUCCACUCAAAGAAGCAACCUCCCCCUCAUUUUCUUCUGGUGGGGUAGGGGUAGGUGGGAAGAAUACAAGUUUUACAAGCAAUAGCAACAAGAAGUGGGAUUUACCAAAGCCUUGUGAAGAGACUUGUACAUGUUGUUUUCCUCCAAUUAGUGUAAUCCCUUGGCCUUCUUCUACUAAUGUUGGUGGGGUCAGUGAGGAAAAUGGGACCAUCCAACAAGGCUUGCAAGAGCAGCAAAGUUAAAAAAAGAAAGAGAUGAUUCUGUUGGUUCAUUAUGUGAUUUGAUGUAAUUAAUUAAUUAAUUAUCAUUACAGGGUUUUAUGGAAGUAGAAGUAUUUGUUUAUUUGAAAUGUAAAUAAUAAUUCAGAAGUCAUGAUUAAAGUAAAGACAGAACAUGCAUUUAGUAUGGUGAUACAUAUUACUCUAGGUCUGUACUAGACAAUUAUUGUAAGUUUGGUUGUGCCUAAAGCAUUGUUAAGUUUCUUUUUCA